CGUGCCCCGCGGCGAUCCCGGCGUGCCCCGCGGCGCGCAGACCCGGCGGCGGAGGCGGCUCGGCAGGAGGCUGUGCGUCCGCAAGCGACGGCGCGGGGUCGGCAUGGAAGUGAAGGAUGCCAAUUCUGCACUGCUCAGUAACUACGAGGUGUUCCAGUUACUGACUGAUCUGAAAGAGCAACGGAAGGAAAGUGGAAAGAACAAACAUAGUUCUGGGCAACAGAACUUGAAUACUAUCACCUAUGAAACAUUGAAAUAUAUAUCAAAAACACCAUGCAGGCACCAGAGUCCUGAGAUUGUUAGAGAAUUUCUCACAGCAAUGAAAAGCCACAAGUUGACCAAAGCUGAAAAGCUUCAGCUGUUGAAUCACAGGCCUAUGACUGCUGUUGAGAUCCAGCUGAUGGUGGAGGAGAGUGAAGAGCGGCUCACGGAGGAGCAGAUCGAGGCGCUUCUCCACACCGUGACCAGCAUUCUGCCCGCGGGGCCAGAGGCCGAGCCGAAGAGGAACCCGGACGACGCGAUGGGGGAUGACGAGGACGCUGCAUAGGGGGGGCACGGCCGGCCUGGCUGCCUCAAGACCCUGAGAAGUCAGCAGCCGGUGCCUGGGCACCCAGAGGAUUGCUCAGGGUUUCCCUCUCCGUCCCAGCAGGCCUGGUUUCACAAUUGGCUGCAGAAACCACAAAAACAAGCUUAGAAGAGCUCCUCAUGCCUCCGAGAGACACAGCGUGGUGAAGACAGACGGAGGCUGUCAGGGCAGAGAGCUGAAGGGAGGCGGACGACGUCAGGACGAUGACCGUGCAACCCCUGUGGUAAAAAUGUUUCUUCUGUGGCCUUUGCCGUAGUCGUGGGCAGGCCCUGUAUGCAGCAGGAGGACUGCUUGUGUCGCCUGUGAUGGGCCGUGUCGGAGUCAUGUCGUCUGCUGCUCUUGGCGCUUCCUGAGCAGGGACGCUGAGUACCAUUGUGGGGUGCUGAGCCGGGAGAAUCCAGGCAGAUGACCAGACGCUCCCGGAGCCACAUGUCGUUGCUGUAGGUUGGAAUGAGCCGCUGGACUUGGCUCACCGGAGAGGAAUCUCUUCCUCGAGAACAGCAAGGAUAAGAGAAGAGAGGCCUGGCAGGGCUCUUGUUCACCGGCUCACUACUUAGUCUGCAACCUUAGGGCACCCGCCCGUUCCAGUGGAUGAGCCGCACAGCAGGCCGCGGACAGCAGUGACCGAAGUCCAGUGCUGGCUGCCCGUCGGACCAUGUGCGUCUCCUGCCCGCCCCCUGAGGCCAGGUGGGCUGCGCUUGCACCAGGGUGGGUUGUUUGCGUCUUUAGAAGGGGCACAGAUAGGGACCGGAUAUGAAGGACUAGAGCCUGGUUAUGAGAACUGGAGCUUGUUGGUGGUGGCAGUGGCCUCAGCGCUCCAGUUCCGGGA